AGGGAAGGGAAGAAGAAGAGGUUACAACAAAAAGUCGUGCAUGGCGUCGAAGUGUGUUUAGAAUUUCCGAAUUUGACAAUCGUAUAUUAAGGAUUUUAUUGUAAUUAUAUGUGACAUUAACCGUUUCAAAUCAAACUAAUUUUUCGUUGCGAAUUAGUAGCUCAACAGCGUGAUAAGAACUUAGUGCUGUGUGUCAUGGCUACUCCACAAAUCAAACCUGUUUCAGGCACCAUGGGUCCCGGCAGUGGCUGGCCGCGCCGAACAUCUAAUGCAAAUCAAACAACUUUCGACAAUAAGUUUCCUUCUCAGCAGCCUCCCAUGAUCAAUCGUCCCAUUAAUUUAUACCCACUUACUAAUUACACUUUUGGAACCAAAGAACCUUUGUUUGAAAAAGAUCCCUCAGUACCAGCCCGGUUUCAGAGAAUGAGAGAAGAAUUUGAAAAAAUUGGCAUGCGGCGAAGCGUAGAAGGGGUCCUUUUGGUUCAUGAGCAUGGUUUACCACACGUAUUACUGCUUCAACUGGGCACAACAUUCUUCAAGCUCCCUGGUGGAGAGCUGAGUCCUGGAGAAGAUGAAGUUGAAGGCUUAAAAAGACUUCUAACAGAGACCCUCGGUAGACAGGAUGGAGUGAAACAAGACUGGGUCGUUGAAGAUACAAUUGGUAACUGGUGGAGACCUAACUUUGAGCCCCCACAGUAUCCAUAUGUGCCCCCUCACAUAACAAAACCGAAAGAACACAAAAGACUAUUCCUUGUUCAGUUAGCAGAGAAAGUUUACUGCGGCUACCAGAUGGUGAUCUCUUUUUCAAAACCUCUUUUGGAGCCUUCCUUCACCAUUUACCCCAAAAUUUUAUGUUUAACAUCAAAGAUGCAUAAUUAUUUACCACCUUGAAGUAUACUCAAAUUUUCCCUUCUGAUCCAUACUUUAAAAUUAAUUUUGGAAUAACAGUAAUAUCUUAACUCCAUCAGGAAUUUUUUCAAGCAAUUGAUCACUCACGUUUCUGUGCUCGGAGGUCUAGUCAACUCUUGGUUUUAUAAAAGUUAAGAUCAGUAAGUCCAUACAUUACGUCACCCAUUUUUUUCAAUUUCCCCCCCCCCCCUCAGUUUGGGGGAAAACGCAGAAAAUUGAUAAAAAUCAGUAGAUUUAGUCUGCAAUGUUAAGAACAUGAUUAAUUGAUUUUAUUGAGUAUUAAAUAUAUGUCAUGUUCUUUUAAAAAAGAAAAAAUUUAAGGCGACAUAUAUCACUAGCUGACAAAUUAAAUAACGCAAACUUUAUUGCUUUGAGAAAAAUUGGAAUUAUUUAUUGCAAAAUAAAAAAAUAAUUUUCCCUCCUCAAAUUUCUAGCAAGCAUUUUCGCCCUCAGGAAAGCUAAUUUCAUCCUUGACUUGACCCCUCCCCGUCAUCCACGACUAGACCGCCCACCUUAACCCUAUACUUGCGGUGACGUAAUUUAUGAACAAACAACAAAGUUACAAACUUCACAGCAAUUCUCAUGCAAGCAAAUGAAGAGCUCUAACCAUCGGAUUAAAGUGACAGUCAAAGGAAAGACCUUGAUUGAUUAACUUUUUAUAUAGGAAAAUUAUCGCAUUGUAGCUUGAACAAAAAAAAUAUGAAUCGUAUUUAGUGAAGAAGAGGGGAGAGUAAAGACCAGAAAGAAAGCAAAAUAUAGAGGCAACCCAACAUAUGUAGUUGUCAGAGGGUAUAAUUUAAAUUCACAUUGUACUCAAGAAUCUGGUGAGCUUUUGAAUUAUCAAAAGUUUUGCUUGUCACUCCGCAAAAUUAAUGUUCAUGUGGUGAUUAAUUUUGUGAUCUUUGAUGUGUCAGAGAAGAAGAAUGUAAUGAAUAAUCUUUCGUAGCAAAUAUUCUUUAUCAUGCCUCUUUUUAGGAAGUUCUUACUUUGUUUGUCGGUUACAUUUUACCAAUAAGAAAAUUCACUGCCAUGCUACUAUUUUUGUCACACAAGUCAUUUUUUUAUUCUUUGACAGCAAUGUAAUCAGAGUGUACAUUGAUGAAAGGUACGGAGAUAGAGGGAGACGCUUUUUUGAGAGCGUAAAGUGACCAGGUUUCUGAACUUAAACACGUUGGCGGUCGUAUCAUCCUAUGGUGUCUGACAGCAAUCAUAACUUUGGGAUAACAUCAGCUACUAAUGGUUAAUAAGUGAAUGUCAUCAAUAUGA